AAUAAAAAAAAAAAAAAUUGAAGUGUAAUUAGUUUGCUAUCUCAAAAAUUGGUGUUUGGAAGGAAGUAAUAGUAAUGGAAGAUGCUAUAUUCCCACACACACACCACAACACUAUCAUCAUCUUCCUCUUCGUGAAUCCAACGUCUAAUUAGGGUUUAUUCAUCCACCUGAAAACCCCUUUCUCUCAACAAAACCCCUUUCUCCCCCUUCUCCGCGUUUCUGUUCCAUUUCCAAAUCCAACUCAAACGCUGCGUUUCACUGCUUAUGCUGCUCUUCCUUGUUGCCCAAUGUCGCCAAUUGCCUAAAUCAUUUCAAUUCAACAUCUUCUCUGUUCAUCUCAAAUCUUUUACGGGGAUUCUCUAUUAACUCUCAAGAUUCACUUUUCUGUUGCUUAAUUCUGAGUGUUACAUUUAUUUAAAACAUGUAUAAUCAAGGGAACCACCCCUCGAAUUCGGGACAGGCUUCGGUUCCUCCACCUCCACCCACCCUGCCGCCACCGCCACCACUACAAUCGGGCUAUCAGCAGGGGUUACCACCUCCUCCGCCACCGCCUCAUUUUCAGCAUUUUGCCCCACCACCACCACCUCACCAUGUUUAUUUACAUGGACAUGGACACGGACCCCCCACCACGCCAAAUACAGCACCUUCAUUUUCCAUCCCUCCCCCUAUUGGCCACUCUCACCAGCAGCCAUCUUGGCCUCCCCAAGGACAAAUGUUGCAUAAUCGUCAUCUUCCUCCACCGCCACCUCCCCCUUUUCGUUCUCCGUCUCCUGAUGGAGUUUAUUUCCAUUCUUACCAAAUGCCUUCUGUUGCUCCUCCGCCAUUGCCGGCUGCUCCACCGCCAAUUCUGCCAUGUCCACCACCUCCUACCUCUAUCACGACUUCCACAUCCUCCCAAGCCGCAUGCACUGAUGGCUUGAAUUCCUCGAAGGGCGUGGAUUCAGUAGAUGGAUUUGUAGCUUCCUGCCCGUCUGAUAUUGCACCUGUACAUAACUCUGAUGCCAAUCAGGAUGGUGGAAAUUGUGAUGAGGUUGCGCCGGUUUCCCUCAGAUAUGAGCUAUUGCCAACUAGCAAUGUGAUGGAUCUUCAGCCACCUCCGCCCCAGACAGCUGAAGAAACUACUGUAAGCACUGAUUCUGACAUGGAGAUGGAAGAUGAUAUCACACUUUCUGACAAAGACCAAGGAUCAAUUUAUGCAACUGAAGUGGUAACUCGGCAGCAUGAUCGGGUUGAUGAGGUGUUUAGCAUGAAUGAGAACAUACAUCAGCUGCAGAAUCCAAAUGAAACCGAACCUGCAAAGAUAAUCUUAUCCAGUGGUGCAUCAUGCUUUGGGUCCACAGGAGUCGGCAAACAAAAUGAAGGACCAGGACCUUCAGCUGAUGUUGAUCCCAUGAAAUCUGCAAGAUCAGUUACCAAGGUUCAUAGUCCCGUGAAUGACUCAAUUGAAUUGUCUGAAUCACUCCUGGGCACUGGAUCGGGAAGAUUGGCCGCUUCUCUAGACAAGGAUUUUAUAAGAAAUGGUACUUCUGAUCAUAACGAAGCCACUAAUCCCAACAGAGAUUCUGAGCAACCUAUGCAGAUUGGCAGCCCAAUAAGACUUCUUCAAGAUUAUGCUUCUGAUGAAACUUCAGAUAAUGAAGAUGAAGGCUGUACAAAAGAUGCUAGUAGUGUUUUUACAGUCUCUGCAGGAGCUGGUCCUGGUGUUCCGGAGGCCCAUAAAGAUUGCGAGAGUAAUUUGGAGACUGGUAUUGGAUUUAGAAGUCCCUCCUAUAGUCAAAAGGAGAUCGGGCAGCUCUCCAAUACAUCACAGAAUAAUUCAAAAAUAUCUCCAUGUUUAGUUCAAGAGUCUGAGGAAACCUGUAAAAGAUCCGUCUCACUUACUGGUGAUGGAUGUGUUGAGCCUAAUCUUGAAAAUCAGGUGUCUGUUAAUCUUGCUUCUACAGUAGAAGCUUUCCAAGGAAAAGACGGGUUAGGUGAUACUAGCUUUGACAUUGAUAGUAAGAGUGGUGCUGCUGAACAGAAACGUGAGAAGGAAACCACAAAGUUUGAACCAACUGUUCUAAAAGUAGAUGAAUUUGGGAGGCAUAUCAAAGAAGGAUCUACAGAUAGUGGCUCUGACGAAUCUCGCAGUCAUCGGACUAGGAGGAAGAACAAAAGAGAUAGAAGCCGGAGUCGCAGUCGGUCUCGAUCUCCCCUAGACAUAAGGAGUAGGAGGAGAAGAAGAAGUAGUCCUCGGAGGAGAAAGGAUAAAAGAAGCCACUCUCGCAGCUGGUCUCCUCGGCGGCGUAGGAGCAGGAGUAGGUCUCCAAUGUUAAGACGUUCAGGUGACGUUCAUGGUGAGAAUGCGAGAAGGGACAAGGCUCAAUGCUUUGAUUUCUUACGUAGAAAGUGCUAUCGUGGAGCAUUGUGUAGGUUUUCUCAUCAUGAAUCUGACAAGAAUGCUACUUCAAGGCGCUCUAGGAAUAAACAUGAUGCGGAACUCUAUUCUCGUGAAAAAAGUUCUCGGAUUAAUGAAGAAGCGAAGAAUAUUUCUUCUAAAGUGUCAGAUUAUGAGCAUGAUGGAGUCAGAAAUCAGGACAUAGAUCUUCACCAGAAUAUAACUGGCCAGGAAGUAGUGCAAAGUAAGGAAGAUUCUGAGUGCCGUGCUGUUUUGUCUACUACCUUUGGUAUCGACGGUCAAUCAGUUAAUAGCAAUCCAAGUUCUGAAGGUAUCAGAGAGGAUUCUCCUAAGGUGCAGGAAACCUUAGAAGUCAGAGAAAAGUCCAAGACUUCAAUACAAGAAAAUGAUAGUUUUCAGAACGCAGUAAAUUCUCAUCAGCAGCAGUUGGUUUAUGAUUUUCAGCCUGAAGCUUUAACUAGUGAUGAUGCUUCUAAGCCAUCUGAUGGUACAUCUAAAGAUGUUAUUCCCUCAGAAGAUGGUUCAUUUUUUCAGCAACUACAACCCAAUGUUUCCGUUGACGUUCUAGAACAUUCGGGUGGUACAAUUUCUGCUAAUGAGGUUUCUGGUAGUGAUUCUUUACCAUACAAGUUACCAUCCACACAACUACAGUCAGCCAUUAGUUCUUUUGGUCCAUGUGUUGCAUCAGAGCAGGCUUCGUUGCACUCUCAGGCUUCUAAAGAGUUACCUCCACAAAGUGUUUCAUCAGUGGGAUUUCCACCUCAUACUUGCCCAUUGCCUGCUUUUGUUGGUCCACAUUCCCAGGGUGAAAAUGCUGUGCAUAUGCCACAAAUUCCAAGCCAAUAUGGUGUGAUGCAGCAAAAUGCAUUCUUUCCUUUCCAAUCCACUGCCAGAGAAAACUUUGAACCUUAUCCAGCUCCAUUACCGACACCAAAUUCUCAUUUCAGUGUACCACCUAAUAGUUCUUGGACAUCCUUGCCACCACCACCGCCACCACCAUCACAGGCAGUGUAUAAUUCUAGUUCAAACUUGGGAGUUGUAAAUUCAUUUAUUUCUUCAGAAUUUAAUCAGACUCAACUGCAUUCGAGAACUGACUAUGUAUCCCAGACUUCCAUGAUUCCUGGGUUACCAACUCAUUCCCAAAGUUCGAAAUUUGAGCAUCAAGCCUACCCUCCAAUGCAGGAUAAUUCACGAGCUUUCAUGCGUACAGAACCUUUCUCUCCCAAGAAUCUCCAUCAGGGGAACCCAGCAUACCAACCGCUUCCAAACUCCACAUCUUUUGCCGGCCCGCAUCAUCCACCAAAACAAUUUUCCUGGGAUUCAGAUGUGAACAGACCACAGCCUUCUUAUGGCGGCAGGUUGCCUCCUGAAGGACAUUUCAGCACAUCUUCCCACAUUAAUCCAUUAUCACAGCAGCAGCAAUCAGUUCAUAAUUUUCAAUAUACUUCAUCUGAUGUUAAUUUGGCUGGACCUGGAGGGACUGCUACUGUAUCCAGAUAUCCACCAGAUAUUCCUGAUAGCAAUCAUUCAACUUCUCUUCCGAAUUUGGGAGCAUCAAGAGUUUCUGCUCACCAUAAUCCUUAUGCAUCAACCUUUGAGCAGCCACUUAGUUCAAAACUUAGUUCAAGUUUUUUACGACAAGAAAAUGAUAUAAAUUAUGAUAACAAUUAUGGUCCUUCUAGAUAUAGGGAAGGAGAUAGCGCUGGAUCAAGACAGACAGCAUCGCCAAAACCAGCAAGAGCUGUUGAUCAGAACUUGCCAGGGUCUCAUGUACAAUAUGAUCCACUUUUUGAUAGCAUUGAACCAUCAUCCUCUUCGAAGAAAUUUGAUUUUGAGCAGAAGCAGGAAGUUACUGGUGAAUCCAAUAUCAGCCUAAGGCCUAAAAGUUCUCGCAAGUCUUUGGAUACCAAAGAAAAAAAGCAUGAAAAGGUUGGGGCUGUUGCCUCGACCAGUUCUCUGAAUAAUGAUGAAUAUGGUGAGACAGCCGAUGCGGAAGUGGGUGCUGUUGAAAAUGAGAGCCUAAGUAAUGACAUGGAUGUUGGAAACCUAUCUCCAGGGGAGGAUGAGAUUAAUCAGAUCAAAUCUCCAGGGAAAAGAAAGAAGAGCAAGGAUUCCAGAUCAAUGAAGUUGUUCAAAGUUUCCAUUGCAAACUUUGUAAAGGAGGUUUUGAAACCAUCAUGGCGACAGGGUAAUAUGAGUAAGGUGGCUUUUAAAACCAUUGUGAAAAAGACUGUAGAUAAGGUGUCCGGAGCCAUGAAAGGCCAUCGUAUACCCAAAUCUCAAGAGAAGAUAAGUCAAUACAUUGACUCAUCGCAGCGAAAGUUGACUAAACUUGUGAUGGGUUAUGUUGACAAGUAUGUCAAGGUGUGAAGAUCGGAAGUGAACUUUGCCAAUGUUUUUUAAACAUUAAAUUGUCAGUCUGCAGACUUUUGUAGAAAAUGCCGGUCCUUACCUGGAGUUUGCCCCUCCUUAAAUUGAAAAGCGUAUCAGAUCAUGAUCUGUGACAAUUUUUCAUCAGCAUUCCAUUUCCUGGAGAUAUCUUGGUCAACUUGAAAUGUGUAUGUAUAUUGUGAAAUAGUUUUUAUUUUGUAGUAUCUUCAAGAGGUUCGGCCAUAAGUAUCGCGAAGUUGGAUUUUCCCCAAGUUAUCUCUUCUGUUGUUUUAAUGAGCUAAUAACUUCAAAGAAAUUGCAGUCAAAAAAUUACCGUAAGAAAAGAGUAAAAUUUUCCAUUCUUUUUUCUUGUACAAAAGUUCUUUCUUUUGACUUCGAAAGUACUCUGGGUUCCAAAGCGUCUCAUGGUUGUAAGAGAUCUUGUAGCCUCAUCAAAUAUUUUCCCUGAACCAUGGAAAUGAAAUAUUUUCUUGCAGAGAUGCUGUUAAUCCAAA